AAUCCAGUGGCUGUUUGCGCCAGGAGGGGCAGGGGUGGGAGCGGAGCGGAAUACCCUGAACCACGUUUCCGCUGGACCCCAACUUGGAAUCCAAGCCAGCUCCUCAUUCACCCGGUUAUUUAUGGAAGGCUUGCGCAGCCCAGGUGGUUGCCUUAGUGAUGGACGGGGAGUCAGAACCAAACCCUGCUGUAACGGAGGAGGCAGAGGAGCAGGUGGAGCCGAUGAACGCCACUCCCACCCCCCAGCAACAGGCCACGCCUCCCACAGAGGAUGCUGCAGAGGCAGUUUCCAUGGAGACGCAAGAUGUAACCACAAAGGAGGGUGGCACAGAGGAUAAUGACGACGAUGUGGUUCUGGUGAUGGAGGAGGCUCCUCAGCCUUCUGGCACAACCCUUUCCCAAGACACGCCCAGCACAGACUGUGUAGAGCCAGCUGCUGCCGGGGCAACUGUAGACAUGUCCACAGCCGUGACGCCUGCCAAGUCCCCCUCUCCUCCGGCUUCUUCCAGCACGUCCACUGUGGCAGCGCGUCCAAAAACUCCGACAGCCGCAGAGCCCAUUGUCAUUGAUGACGAGGAGGACUCUGAGCAGAAGGACACGUCGCCCUCUUCACCUGUGCCCCCCGGAGGUUCCUCUGCACCCCAGUCACCAGGUGCACUCAGCAGCACUGAGCCAGAUUCUGAGAUCAGGAUCGCCAGUGUCACCACACUGGGCUCCAGCAGCCAGAAAGGAAGCUCCACAGUCUCUGCAGCAAAUACUCCUCCACAUCCAGUGGAUGUUCAGGCAGACAUGAACCUGAUGAUAACAUCUGUGACAUCUCUGCAGGAAGGAACGGUGGCUAACGCAGCAGCAGAAGAAAAUGGUCUGCAGAUCAGCAACGCGUUCAGCCUGAAUCCUGACACCCCAUCUGGUCGACCGACAGCCUCCUUCAACCCUGGGCGGGGUUCAGGUCCCAUGGGCCAGCUGGUGCAGAAUGGAGACACGGGGACACACACCAGAGCAGACUCGUGGAUCUCUCAGUCGGCGUCGGUCCCCCGCAGCCAAAAGCAGACGGGGGUGGACUCUCCGUCACCAGCCACUUCCCUUCCCAAACCUCCAGGCCAGUCUUCCUCAUCGACUUCCUCCUCAGGGGCCCAGACACAGCCCAGGACAGUAAAGGUGACCUGUGCAAACUGUAAAAAGCCGCUAAAGAAAGGCCAAACAGCCUACCAGCGAAAAGGCUCCACACACCUGUUCUGCUCCACCACCUGUCUCUCUGCCUUCUCACAUAAACCUGCCCCGAAAAAGAGCUGCACCAUGUGUAAAAAGGAUAUCACUAAUAUGAAAGGUACCAUCGUGGCCCAGGUUGACUCCAGCGAGUCUUUCCAGGAGUUCUGCAGCACUGGCUGCCUUGGUGCAUAUGAGAACAAGCAGAACCCACCCAAAUCAGGUCUCAAAACCAAAUGUACUGUCUGCGGCAAGCUCACAGAGAUACGCCAUGAGGUCAGCUUUAAGACUGUGACCCAUAAGAUUUGCAGCGAUGCAUGUUUCAAUGUUUACAGAAGGGCCAACGGAUUAAUCAUGAACUGCUGUGAGCAAUGUGGCGACUACCUGCCAAGCAGAGCAUCAGCCAACCACUUCCUGCUGGUGGAUGGCCAACAGAAACGCUUCUGUUGCCAAAACUGCGUCAGGGAGUUCAAGCAGGCUCACAGUAAACUUGCCAGCUGCCUGACCUGCAAAACACUGAUCAAGACGGGCGAGGUGCUCCACAGCCUCGGAGCCGGUGGCACCAUGGGCUCCUACUGCUCUGUGAACUGCAUGAAUAAGGGCAAGCUGGCAUCGACCUCCUUCGUCAACACAGAGCCUACAUGUCACUUCUGUAAGAAGAAUGGAUUACCACAAUACCAGGCCACGCUGCCAGAGGGAAACAUCCUGAACUUCUGCAGCUCACAGUGUGUCACCAAAUUCCAGAAUGUCACCCUUCAAACCACCACCAACGGACAGACGUCCCUCUCCACGAUGAGCGACACCAUCCAGCUGAAAUGUAACUACUGUCGAGGAGCGUUCAGCUUGAAGCCUGAAAUUCUAGAUUGGGAGGAUAAAGUCUACCAGUUCUGCAGUAAGACGUGCUGUGAGGACUACAAGAAGCUCCACUGCAUUGUGACGUUCUGUGAGUACUGCCAAGAAGAGAAGACGCUACAUGAGACAGUCAAGUUCUCCGGAGUCAAGAGGCCGUUCUGCAGUGAAGGCUGUAAGCUGUUGUAUAAGCAGGAUUUCAUCAAGCGUUUGGGUUUGAAGUGUGUCAGCUGUAACCACUGCAGCCAGCUGUGUAAGAGAGGUCUGACCCGGCAGCUCGGCGGCAUGACUCGAGACUUCUGCAGCGAUACAUGUGCCAAGAAGUUCCACGACUGGUAUUAUAAGGCGGCGCGGUGCGACUGCUGUAAGGUGCAGGGUAACCUGACGGAGUCUGUGAUGUGGAGAUCAGAGAUGAAGCAAUUCUGUGACCAGGAGUGUCUACUGAAGUUCUACUGCCAACAAAACGAGCCCAUCAUGGUCACACAAAAAGGCCCUGAAAACACCAUCGGUUUUGAAAUGCAAGGGUCCAAACUUGGAACGGUGAAUCAGGGAACUGUGGCCUAUGCUGGUGGAGGCUUGGCAAGAGAUGUCAAGAACAAGGCUGUGCUCUGCAAACCGCUCACCUUGACCAAAGCCACGUACUGCAAGCCACACAUGCAGAGCAAACUUCUACAGACGGAUGUGGACGACGGUGUGAAGAGGGAAUAUGUUCCUGUACCCAUUCCUGUGCCUGUGUUCAUACCUAUACCCAUGAAUAUGUACUCCCAGGUCACUCCCACUCCAGUGUCUCUGCCAGUACCGAUUCCUGUGCCGGUGUUCCUGCCCACCACGCUGCAAGGUGCAGAGCAGAUCAUCCAGACCAUCAAGGAGCUGAAGCACGAAGCCGCCCCUGGCCCUCUAAUCCCUCUAACAGAGGACCAGAAGCCAGAUGUGAAGCUGGUCAGGGUGAAGCAGGAGCACAAAGAGGAGUCGAGCUCCAGUGGCAGCAGCUCUGAGGAAGAGAAGGAGAAGCAGGCGGAAGAGGAGGAAGAGGAGUAUGAACCAGAGCUGGACCUGGAGUCAGACUUCCCUCAAGCGUCAGACCCUGUUCCGGUCCUGGAGGGAAUGGAUGAAGACAUGGGCUUCUCUCUACCUCUAGUCCUGGCAGAAGAGAAAGAGGAACCAGAGUCUGUACCUCGACCUCAGCCUAGGAGACAAGGUAACAAGAGGCAAGCUUUGGAGGAGGGCUCAGGUGCUGCCUCGCUGCCUUCUUCCCAUUCAGCAGGUCAGCACUCACAAGGACGAUCGCUCCCUCUCAAAGCUCGCUACGGCCUCAAUGCCUGGAAACGCUGGGCGCUGUCUUCUGUGGACCAGUCAGACGACACCAAAGCAAAGGACCAAUCCAAACAAGCCCGGUCCAAAUAUAACCUGCUGUCGUUGAGUUCAAAGGAGCUAAACGUGGCUUUGUCCCGAUUCGUCAGGGAGGUCUGCAGACCUGGUGGGGAGCGCUACUCCCCAGACAGCAUCCUCUACCUCUGUCUAGGGAUUCAGCAGCAUCUUCAUGCCAAAGGCCGGAGGGAUGAUCUGUUCAGCGACCCGUGCUACCAGCAGUUUGGAGAGGAGCUCAACAGGGUCCUGAAGGACUGGCAGCCCAGCGUGCUUCCUGAUGGUUCUCUGUGGGGUCGCGUGGAGGAGCAGAGCCUCUGGAGCAGCCGGCAGCUCGGAGAGCAGAGUCCAGAUGCGCUGCUUCGCUCUCUCGUCUACCUAAAUACCAAAUACUUUGGUCUGCGCACCGUGGAGCAGCACCUCCGCCUGUCCUUCGCCAACGUCUACGGCCCUGACACGGUCCAUCCCGUCACCAAGGAGACCACCGUCUGCAUCCGCGUGCCUUCCAUCUCUCAGGAUCAACACGUGCAAACAGUGUCGAGGCAAAGAAAGCGCAAGUUUGAGGAGAGUGACCAGGACUAUGAACCGGAUGAGGACUCGGGAGGCUCCACUGUACGUUGCCCAGUUAAAACUCAUGAGUGUCGCCUCUAUGAGCUCUACAGGUCAAAGUGCCCGGCGUUGCUGCGGACGCGCCUUGAUGUCUUCUACGUUAUGCCGGAUCCAGCCUGCAGCCUCAAGGCUCCGCUGUGGUUCACCUCCACGUCACUGGAGCGGCAGGUUCUGGAGGGCCUUCUCACCAGAGUUCUCAUGGUCAGGGAUGUUUACACAGACAAAGAUCAGGAGGAGGAUGAAGAGGAAGGGGACACGGGUGAAACAGCCACUUAGACUUGUUUUGUUAUUAGAACCUUAUCAGUCAGUGGAACGGGAGCAUAGCUAGUGCAAAUACGCCUCCUAUGGCAUAUCAUCGGUUUCUCUAAACCCUUCUCACUCACUCCACUGUUUCCUCCUUCCUGCGUCCACAACACAAAUAAUGAAAGGCCCAAACUUCAACAGAAAAUGGUGAAAGCGGUUGUGAAAAAAAUCUUCCUUCCAGUGAAAAAGCAGACAAGAGGAACAGGAGGUAGAGACACGUCCAGUGAGAAGGAACUGGGAGAAUGGGAAGGAUGAAAUAUACUGAUGGUUGAGAAGACAGGACGUGACAGAGCUUACAAAGAUAAUCAAGCAAAAGGUGAAAACCAGAAGCAAAGUAGGAGUAAAAGUUCGAAAUUCCAUCUUCACUUUGUAAAUCAUCAAAUUCCUCAGCAAUUUUUAUAUUUAUAUUUUGAUAAAGCUCAUGAAACAGUUUUGAGCCCGUAGUUAGAUGGAACCCAAAGUUGGUUUCGUGAACUGAAAGUCAGAAUGAGUGAGUGGAGCAGUAGAAUGCGUGAAUAAAGUUUGCAACGAAGCAGUGAACAUGUUUCGGCUGACGUUUUAAUUGGAUCUGUCCUCACCAGUGAUGGUUCAGACAAGCUCUACUACUGACUUACAGUAGUUGCUGUGUCCUUUUUACCCCCGUUGAAACCUGUUACAUCAGGAAACCUAGUCUGCAUCAGAAAUCAAAUAAAACCUGUCCCUGUAAAGCUCUGUGCACACAUGCAAACUAUGGGUUAAAAGGUCUUGCUCUGUUCAGUAACGGGUCAAAUAAAUCCGUGUGUUGGUUGUAAGUGGUCAUUUUCUUCUGCAUGAAGAUGGAAUUUCUGACUGUCCUGCAGCUGCUCUCUCGGUCAGGGUCGCUCUCCCACCUUACUGGGCUGAUCGUCCCACUCAUUGCUCUUCCUCUGCCAGCACUGCGCUCAAACAAAGGACUUCAGGACUGACCCUUAUGGGGUAAAGCCAACCUCCUGACAUGCUGUUUUUUGUUUUUUUUUCCAUUCAUGUCAUGUAGCAGUAUGUGCGUACGAAGCCCAGAUUGGGUUGCAUUAAAGUGUAAAUAGCUCUGAAACAAGGACUGAAAAGCACUCACGGAAACCUUCAGCUUGAACCUCGCCUCCUGAGAACCUGUUUUAGAGGGCAGAUUAUUUAUUUCUCAGUUUGACUGUGUCCUCACGUUGGGAUGAGGUUUCUAUGGAACCUCUGCUGCAGUCCCACAUCCCAGCGCUGCAGAAACCUGCUAAACAAUGAAUUACUCGACGCUCAGACAUUUUUUCAAGUUCUUUCUGCUUUUGUCCCUGUGUUUGUCUCCUCUAAUAUCAGUUUACUUUAAAGGCUGGGCUCUCGCUCAGUGUUUUUUGAAGCUGUCGAGUUCGGGUGCAACGGAGCAAGGGCUUGACGUUUGGUUGAACACAUACAGAUAUUUCUGUUUUAAGUUGUGUGAACUGACCGUGUUUGUUCACAGCUACACUAGUGUUAUUUAAGGUUUUCUAUUUAUAUAGUUAAAAUCCCUUGUUUACAGUUUACCUUUUUAAUAAAUUGGAGAAAGUGUCAUCAAGAUAAAAAAAUCAAAUCAAUAUUUGAGAUUUUUUUUUCCAAAACCAGUGACUGAAGAAAAACCAUGCACAUGUUUAUUAUAGGCCGACUCACGGUUUCUCCUGGUCCUGACUGAAGUGGGUGUGAGGACAGAGUAAACCUUUACUUUAUCUAAAGAGCAUCUAAUCGUUUAAUCCACCGUGUCAUUUUCUGACGCUAGAUCAGCGUCUCUGGUCCGAGCAAAGGUUUUACUGUGGGCUAAUCCAGCAGAACUGACCCAGGCUGCUUCAUUGUUCCCUGCUGGACUCGGGAGGCAGCGACUGACCCUGCCACAGGUUUGGACCUACAUUAGACACUGUGGCUGGCGUUGAUGUCUAAUGUGAAUGUGCCUAUCUGUAAAUACUGAAAGUGAGUGAGUGUGACUUGAGUCUGAUGCUACGUGUGUGGGAUGAUCUGCUGAUACGCUCAUGUGAAAUAAAUGAUUUCCUUUUUUAACCAGA